GCGGCGGCCCCGGUCAGCGCGGGAAAGCGGGCGGCGAUGGGGGACGUGCACGACGUGCCGCGCCCGCGCAUCGCCACCAGCCACCUGGCGCAGUACAUCGGGCAGCCCGUCUGCUUCGUGGGCCGCGUCGAGAAGAUUCAUCCUUCUGGGAAACUUUUCGUCCUUUCGGAUGGAGAAGGAAAGCAUACAACUGUGGAGCUGAGCGACCCAUUAGAUGAAGAGAUCUCGGGAGUUCUUGAAGUAGUGGGAAGAGUAACAAAUCAGGCAACCAUUAUGUGCAUGUCAUAUGUCCAGUUCAGAGAGGAUAAAAGUCCUUUUGAUCUGGAACUCUACAAUGAGGCACUAAAAAUUAUUCAUGAAUUCCCUGAAUACUUCCCAUUUGGUCCUACGAGGAACAAUUAAUUCUUCUUAGUGUUUGUUUGGGACUUCAGAGGGGACAACAAUACCAUAGCUUUCUUGACUGACAGUAUAAGUUGCAUAGAUUUCCAAAUAAUAUACUGAAGAGAUGCUGUUAAAUAUGCCGUGUAUGGCUAGUGAAAAACAUUUUCACUGAGAAUGAAUUUAUUCAGCUAGAAGCAGAACACUCUUGUGGCCAUCUCACUGUUUGUAUAUAUUUAACCCCUUUGCAUCCAUUAGGAAUUCUCUUUCAAGAUUUGAGUUGCUAGAAACCGAAAUUUUUAUAGGCAUUUUUUUGUUGUUGUGAUUCCAGGAUGCUUAGCAGGAAACUCCUAUUGAAGACACUGGGGAUAUAAUGAAAGAUAUUUUUUAAGAUUUAAUUACACCCAGUAAACUUACGUUUUGCAUCUUGGUAAUGGCAACUUGUCCAAUUAAAAAAAAAUCUUGACUGCAUUUAACUGUUAGUAUCAUAUCUCAGAGUGCAAUUUUCAAUGAUAUGUGGUGAUCCUGUUUUGUUUUACCUCACACAAGUUAUUUAAUUCUAACAUAAUGCAGCAUAUAGGCUACUUGCCUUUUGCACUGAUGCUAAUGAUGUUGCAAAUGUCUAAUUAGGCUUGGUGAUUUCAAGCACUGAGUUCCUAUCACAGCCCUCGUUCUUGGUGGGAGCUUAAGCAGAAGUACCAACAGUUCAAAGGCAUGUCAUGACUACUUUAAUCAUAUAAACUUCUACAGAACUCCCAAUUUUGUUAUUCUCCAAGCUACUUAUAGUACAUGACAGAACUCUUAGAUCUGUUAAGGUAGCACAAUCAAAGUAGAAGUAUAACUUCUGAAAUGUUCUCUGUGAGUUAAUAACAUUUCAAAGCAUUUUAAAUAAACCUUGUUAGUAUUCAUGUUGAUUAGCUUGUCAUACGAACAGUUUUGAGUUUUAAUAUCUAGAUAUAGUGCCUUAUUAAGAAUGCUCGUUUUAUGAUUAUUUAUGGAGAGACAAUUUGUAAGUGUUUGAUAUCUUCAGCCAAGGAACAUUUUACUUUUUUAAGACUAUUCAUUUAUCAAAGUUGCUGCAAACUGCAAUACUACCAGAAUAUGUACAAGACAUUAGUGGAUUAGUACAUCUAUCUGUAACUGGAUGGAUGAUCAAGUUGACAGGUUAUCCAUUUUUUUCCCUUCUGUAAUUAGAAGAUGGACCGUGCCAAAGUUAUUGUCAUUGGGAAGGAGGAGGGCUCCUUAAAGUAUGAGCAAGUCUUGUAUUGCAAACUAGAGCAAAAAGGUCCACGUUGGAUGCUACCAUGCUUUCAGCUGUAUUGCUACCACUGCUGUAAUUUAGGGCUCAACAAUGUUCAAUAAAACAAAAUAUGUCACUUAA